UUGAAUGGCUACGGCCAUGGAUAUGCUCUAUAUACUAUUCUUUCGAAAGAUUCCUUGGUUGAUCGGUAUCUUUCCGGGCUCCACUCUGGGGUUGGCUUGAGCUAGCGGUCUCGGGGCCUGACAGUUGAAACAUGCGCAGGCUAACGAUCGUUUUGGCAUAAAAAUAGGGUCCCUCAGGAGGACCCCGCGAAGAUGUUGUCACCGGUCUACUGGUUCGAUCCACGUCCUCCCGGUGGUCCAUGGGCUCAGUAGUCGCUGUCGACGCAGGGACACUGCUGAGCGGGAUUAUCCGGACCCUCGAACAGCACACCGCGGAAUCCGAAGAUGGAAAGGCAAUCAUGAAAGGAGGGCCAUUUACGGGGCUCGAAUUGCCCCACGUGACGGCCCAAGCCAACGCUGCUUAUAUCUUCCGGGAGAUCAUCGGUGCCGUCUUGAUCACGCAUCCUCAUCUGGAUCACCUGGCUGGUUUGGCUAUCAAUACUCCUUUGGUGGAAGCUGGAAGUGGACCAAAAACCGUCGCGGCCUUACCUUCUGUGAUUUCUGCCAUCAAGAAUCACAUGUUCAAUGAUGUUAUCUGGCCCAAUCUGUCGGACGAGGAUGGCGGUGCCGGUCUGAUCACGUAUCAGCGUUUGGUGGAGGGAGGGAACCCCCGAUUUGGCCGUGGAGAGGCGAGGGGCUACGUUCGAGCGUGUGAAGGCUUACUGGCGAGAUGUCUGAGCAUCAGUCAUGGCAAGUGCAGGCAGAAAUAUCACCCAGAGACUGGCAGACACCACCGCGUAGGCAGUUCUGUCUUUACCGGUGACCCCUUGAUGCUAUCCUCCAGGGCGAUAUCCGCGGAUCACACGGAUGCAGGGAUCUAUUCGCCGAUGCGGUCCCCAGCCCUUGGGGCAGGGAAAGACGCGAGCUACGCAUCCGUGGAGAGUUCUGCUUUCUUCAUCCGUGACCAUAACACAGGAAGAGAGAUUAUCGUAUUUGGGGACACUGAGCCGGACUCGGUCUCACUGGAUCCUCGCAAUAGACGUGUUUGGGAGGUGGCAGCUCCGAAGGUCGCUUCUGGCACCUUACGAGCUAUCUUCAUUGAAUGUUCCUACAACGAUGACGUCGACGACGGCUCCCUCUAUGGACAUUUGUGUCCCCGUCAUUUAAUCGCGGAGCUGAAAGUAUUAGCAGCAAAGGUUGUGGAUAUACAGAACCCAGGACAGGGUCUGAAGCGGAAACAUGAAGACGAGAGGAUAUCCUCCAGAGAACCCACAUCUGGAGUCAGUCCCAAGUCCACACGACCGCAGGCCUAUGUACCCAGCAAAUAUCGUCGGCAAGGCACCACUCCCGGCCAGAGGUCCGGUAGGAGCGGCACGCGCUCGCGUGUCAAUUCGGGAGACUAUAGCGACGAGCCCCCAGAACUUGUUCAUGACGACCAAACGCCCAGCCUCCCCGACCCAGUUGACGUCGGCGACGAUGGCUCCUAUGCGGGCGACUCAACUAUGCAGGACGAAGUCCACUGGGCUGAUUCCGAGCGUCCACCUCUGACGGGCCUGUCGGUCUACAUCAUUCACAUCAAAGAUACGUUAUCCGACGGACCCCCGCCGGAAGAUAGGAUCUUACAGGAACUGCGGGCUCAUGGUGCAGCCGCCCAUCUCGGCUGUGAGUUCUUUGUCCCUCGACGUGGAGAGGGUAUUUGGAUUUAAAGCGCCGGUUUUUUUUUUUUUUUCAGGAGGCUCAUUGUUAGAGGUUCUGGCUUCUGAAAGUAAAAGGCUACAUUACGGAUAUCAUUUUUCUAUUCGGAAUUGCUUGUUAAUGAUAACUUUCGGUAUUGAUACGGACACAGGAACGGACUGGUGGUCUUCUGUGAGAUUCUUUUUUUAUCUUUGCCCGGCGUGGCAUUGGGAUGCGUGGGCAUAUUUAUUACAGCAGAACGGCAUCGGGCAUGGGAGCAUAAAGGUCAACCGUACGAUUAUCUAGACUUGGUCCGGUGUUGUGGAGUAUGUUAUGUGUAUCGUUCGUAGUAAUA